AUGGGCGACCGUGGAGGAAUCUCGCUGCUGGUGCGCAACAUCAGCCGCCGUCUGAGACCCGAGGACAUUCGAAAGGAAUUCGAGCGCUACGGUGAGGUGCGCGACGUUUACAUUCCCAAGGAUUUCUACACCAAGGAGCCCAAGGGCUUUGCAUUCGUCGAAUUCCGUAGUGAGCGCGAGGCGGAAGAUGCGCGCCGCAACUUGGACGGUGUGCGCAUUGACGGCCGCGACAUCCGCGUGGUGUUCGCCCAGGAGCGCCGCAAAUCAACGGAGCAGAUGCGGGAGCGUGAGAGGACGGAGAGACGUGGAGGAGGUCGCCGCUCGCGUUCAAGAUCUCCGCGCCGCCGUGCGCCGCGCGGCCGAUCUCGUUCUCGCUCUCGUGACCGUCGGGCUCCGGCUCGUCGCUCGUCACGCUCGCGCUCUCCUGUGAAGGGCCGAUCCCGCUCGCGUUCUCGCUCGGGUUCUCGCGGUCGCUCGCCCGCGCGUCGAUCUGGGUCUCCGGCUGCGCGCUCGCGUUCCCGGUCGCCGCGUGCACCAGCAUCGCCUCGUCGCUCUGCGUCUCCUCGCCGGUCGACAUCGCCCGCUGCUCGGUCACCGUCGCCUUCACCUCGUCGCUCGAAGGACCGCUCGUAUUCGUCGUCUCCCCGACGAGAUGAAGGCCGCCGUUCGCCGUCGGGUUCUCCUCCUCGCUCGAGCGGACGGGACUAA